UUGUGAUGGAGAUACUGAGGAGACACAAGAGUGCGACUCGGGAGUUUUCUGUCCAGCGAAAUCCACGACGCCAGCCAGUCCAGAUUGCAGCGACUUGAGCGAACACUGUCCGUACUGGGCGAGUAUUGGCGAAUGUGAUAACAAUGCUGGGUGGAUGAGUUCCAACUGUCCUCUGAGUUGUGACUUGUGUCCUGCAGCGAAAUCCACGACAACGCAGUCGUUGCCUCCGAGCUCAACAGCGACGCCAGCUGGAUCAGAUUGCAGCGACUCGAGUGAACACUGUCCGUACUGGGCGAGUAUAGGCGAAUGUGAAAACAAUGCUGGGUUUAUGAGUUCCAACUGUCCUCUGAGUUGUGACGCGUGUCCUCAAGCAAAAUCCACGACAACGCAGCCAUUGCCUCUGAGCUCAACAGCGGCGCCAGCUGGAUCAGAUUGCAGCGACUUGAGCGAACACUGUCCGUACUGGGCGAGUAUAGGCGAAUGUGAAAGCAAUGCUCGGUGGAUGAGUUCCAACUGUCCUCUGAGCUGUGACGCGUGUCCUCAAGCGAAAUCCACGACAACGCAGUCGUUGCCUCUGAGCUCAACAGCGACGCCAGCUGGAUCAGAUUGCAGCGACUUGAGCGAACACUGUCCGUACUGGGCGAGUAUAGGCGAAUGUGAUAGCAAUACUCGGUGGAUGGAAUCCAACUGUCCUCUGAGUUGUGACGCGUGUCCUCCAGCGAAGGCAUCCACAACGCAGGCAUCGAACUUGUCAACAACGCCAGCUGGACCACCCGGCUUAAGAAUUGCCGCCAUGUUACGGCCAACAAGACUUGUGGAUGAAGGGGAGCAGGUCACUCUCCUCUGCUUGUCGGACGGAAGUCCCUCUCCAAGAUUUACCUGGACCCGAGGAAAUGGAGUUGCACUUCCGCCCGCGGCAGUCGUCGACCCAGCCACAGGGACGCUGGUGAUUGGACGUGUUCGUCCCGAAGAUGACGGAGAGUACACCUGUACAGCUGAAGAUGGCGUGGACGUGGUGUCUAGUAGCGUCAGCUUUGAUGCAUGCCCUAAUAUAACAGACUGCAGCGACACGAAUCGAUACUGUCCGUCCUGGGCACAGAAUGGUGAAUGUGAGAACAAUCCUGGGUGGAUGAAUUCCAACUGUCCUUUGAGUUGUGGCGUGUGUCAUCCAGAUUUGCCUGCUGACUGUCUAACAACCAAGCGGGGUCGUGCAUGGGAUACCUGGGAGUGUACUAACGUCACAUCUGUCCCUGAGGAAGUUCGGACAAAACUCCAGUUGGACACUUUCUACCAGAAAUACUUGCACGCAUACGGUAUCCCCAUCCUGGGAUCUUCCAUUCUGCCUGACGACGCCCUCCGAAGAUGUUGCUACGACGUGCUGUUCAUGUUAGCGGACAGGAGGGACCUGCGCGACUCGUACUUUAACGUCUAUGGAAGAGCAGCCAUCAUGGCGGAGUCUGAGGUAACCCUGGAUAUCCCCGAACAUUCACACAUGGACGAGAGUUUUAACACCCGGGCCCGAGGACUGGGAGGCACGGUGAGCUAUCCGGUGUCAACAGGAGCUGAGGAGAAUGUUCUGUGUUACCAAAGUGACAGCCUUCGAGUGGAAGACAUCUUCAUGCAUGAAUUUGCCCACGGCGUACACAAUAUGGCGGCCAAAAUUGUGAUACCAGACUUCGAUGAUCGUCUGGGGGCGGCGUACCAAGACGCCUUGGCAAACGGCAGAUUCGCCAACACAUAUGCAGACGACACCGUGUUUGAGUAUUGGGCAGAAGGAGUACAGAGCUACUUCAACGUAAACCACGAAAGCGACCCACCUGACGGCAUCCACAACUAUGUCAACACCCGCGAGGAGCUCCGGGACUAUGACCCUGCCUUGUACAACCUCGUACAGGAAAUCUUCCCAUGCGGGAAUCAUGUUGUCGAUCGCUGUGUGAAAGACUAUGAUGCGUCAGAGAUAAAGGUGGAUUGCAAGAACGGGCUCGUUCGAACCACGAUUGACGGAAGUACCAUUUUUGGGUGAUCGAUGUUAGCCACACCAGCUUGAUCACAGUAAGCACUAGUCUUCAGAAUUUUCAUCUGCUGUAUGGCAAACAAACAAUAGAUGUUACAAAAUGGCAAUAUUGUACAAGGAGAAUACUGUGAUACAAUUAAGAACAAUUCUUUUAUAAAACAUCAUUAGGAAAUUGCAAUUCAUUUGCCUAUGAGCAGGAGCAUCGCUGCAAAAUAAAUGUAUUCUAUAUCAUAAUCUUAAUAAAUGUAUGUCUCUUAAUCUAUGAUGAAGUAUGUUUGACUUCUUUGAUAAACCGUUGCUCAAAGUAAGCAAGCUUGCUAUUGAUUAUUGAAAGCCAGUUAAUGUCCAGGUAAUAUUCAUACGAAGUAUACGUGCGUCGUAAUGAAGAAUAAUAUUUUGUAGCUGCAUGUAAACAGAGACGAAGUUAGCUGAACCUAACGGAUUUGUAUGUGCAUGUAAUGGGUGGAUACAUUUUCAGAAGUAUAAAAAGCUCACAUAUUUGUAUAUGCGCUUAGACUAUAGACAGUUUAGCAAGAGAAUAAGUUUAACAGAUAAUACAAUUUCAUUAUGAUGUCAGCAAUACAUGGUCAAUUCAUCGGAUCUAUACCAUACUAUAAAUACAUUCCCAUAUUUCAUAAGUGAUGCAUUAGAAUAUCGAUAACGUUAUAUAAGCACUUUGAUGUUGCCUUAAAUCUAUCAUCCAAUCAUCGGCGACCCGCUGUUCCAUUCGCACUAGUUACAGUACCGUUCAUUUCUUACAUUCUUGCUUCAACAUGAAUAUAGCUCAUGUAAUAAAAGCAAUGUAAUGAUCAG